AUGGCAGACAUGAGUGGCGGCAGCUCUGCCGCCACCUCCUCGGCUGCAGACCAAGAGGUUAUCCCUGUGGACGGUGAUGGGAGCCCGAGUCCUCCGACGACUCGCCUGACACCAGAAGAAGAGGCGGACACCAAGGCAACCGCCAUGCGCGACAUGCCGACACCGGUCGGGUACCGGCGGUCUACCUUGCCGCCCCCGUCUGGGACCAGGUCCAUCGUGUUCGACCACGGUGUGAGUUUCGAGCAAGAUUGCGCCAGACCGGACCCCAAGAAGAAGAGGUGGUACUGCAUGGGCUCGGACAGAUGUCGAGAGCUGUCCAUGGCCGGCAAGACGUGGAUCAACUGCCAGGAGAAAGGUACCGGCAACGCCACUCGUCAUCUUCGAGACGCGCACGGCAUCGUCUCCAAAAAAACCGACACUGCAAAGAAGACGAGAGGAACUCGCACUGCCAAUGUCAGCAAGCACAAGGAGGCGGUGAUGAAGAGCUCCGACCCCGGCCGGGUCAUGCUACUGAUGUAUGUCAAGGUCUUCAUCAUCUCGCACUUGCUCGCGUUUAGCCUGUCCGACAGCCAGGACGUCCGCGCGUUUUUCGAAGUGUGCUGUGAAGACACGUUCCCGAAGAGUACCUUGUACCCCCAGAUGAUCAAGCACUUCGUUGUCGAGCUCUACGACGCCACGGUAUCCAAGUUUUCGUACUCUAUACGGAAGGCGAUCACCGGGGCCGGAGGUGCCGUACUGCAUGCGAACUUCGACCUCUGGACAAGCAAGUGGUCGAACGAGAAGUACAUAGGCCUGCGACUCUUUUGGUGCACAUCUACGUUUGUGCUCGACUCAGCUCUAGUGGCUGUCAAGUUAUUUCAGCCUUCAGCUGACUUGACCAGCAGUAAACAACUCUCUGACAUCCUUCUCAUCUGGGUUCAAGAGGUGUUGAAGGAGUUCGGCUUGGAUACCAACCACCUGUUCUGUACCGUAACCGACGCUGGCUCGGAUGUUAAACGGUUGUGCUUGAAGGUGCUGACGUCGGCAUGGGAGUGGUGCUUCCCCCACAUGCUCAACUGCGUACUCGUCGAGGCGUUCGGCACUAACGCGUCGAGAGCAGCAUGCAAGAACCUUGGUGCACGUCAAGUGAUCGACACCGUCAAAAAGGUUGUGGAGCACCUGAACAAGAGCACUUUGAUGAAGGCGAGGUACGACGACAUUCAAGUGCUGCUGUACGGCAAGUCGAUGAAGCUCGUCAACGCCGUCCCUCACCGCUGGAUCUCUACGUGCAACGUCCUGGAGGAGAUUCUCCGCAGCUGGCAGGCGCUCGAGGAGCACUACCAGAAGAACGAGCAAGGGGGGAGUUUCCCUCUCGCUCAACACAAGACGGUGAUAGAAGAGCUAUACAGCUUGAUGAAGCCCAUCUCUGUUAUCAUGAAGGAAAGCCAGGAGAAGGGGUUGCCGACAGGCCUGAGUACGUUCGCCGCCCUCGUCAUGCUUCGGGCCGACACGCUGGACGUCACAAAGCCCCUGGAAGUGACCGUGCCUCGCAAGGUCACUACUACAGAUUGGGCCCGGACCUUGGCGACAACCACCAUCGAGCGCCCGGCCGACAGCCUCCAAGACGUCACCACGACCACUCGCACCAUGCUCGCUGCCGCGCUCGACAAGCGCUUCUUCAGUAAACGCUACGACGCCAACGUAGUGGCGGUGCCACCGUCGGACUACGUCUUCGAGAUGGCGGCGUGCAUGAGCCCCGCCCUUCACACACUGCCCUGGCUGACAUCGAUGUGCAGCAGUGAUGAGGAAGCGGGACGUGUCCACAAGCUCAUCAAGGGUAAGGUUGUCGACCUCAUGGUGAAGCUGGCGGAGGGAGCGGGUGCUUACCCGGGGAAAGCGACCGAGGGUGACACCAGUGGCGCCAGCGCGUCUGCCCCGCCACCCUUCAAGCGGUCGCGUGGCCCGUUGACCGUCGGCACUUCAGAGAGGACGAAGCGGCUACUCAAGAGCGGUGUCUUUGGCGGUAGCAAGAGCAGCACCAGCAGGGACGACGGCCCGAGUGAGCUGACUAUGAAGGAGGUCUGCCAGCAGGAGUUCGACCGCUUCAUGGCGCGCUUCGCCGACACCACCAUCUCGGACUACCCGAUAGAGGUGCUGCUGGAGUUCUGGGCGGGCGAGGGGCAGGCGCUCUACCCAAACAUGGCCCGCGCCGCCAGGGUACUGUUGUCGGUGCCGGCGUCUUCGGCGGUGCUCGAGAGGGACUUCAGCACAGCUGGGCGCCUGAUCACCGGGGCACGUAGUCGUCUCAGUGCGGCUUAUGUGGAGAUGGUGCUGUUCCUCAACGGCAACCAAGAGUACAUCCCGAUGGAGGUGCCCAAGCUGUCAAAAUCGCAGGGCCAGGAGGCGGUGCCAAGACGGCUUUCCAACCCCAACGAGGAGACGGAGAGACUCUCCGUGGGCGAGGUGGUGCCGGACACGAACACCGACGAAUUCGCGGAGGAGUCGUUGGAGUGUGAUAUUGCAUCACACAUCGUCUAAACGGCGAAGGGAGGGGGGGGGUUGGCGUCAUGGUGGAUUCAGUUCUUGUUUUCGUGUUGGUCAGAUUCAUGGUUGUCGCCUCUCUUGUGUGUGCUACUGCUGUAGUCUAAUCGUUCGUAUUUUUGUAUUGACGUUUUUGAAGGUACCGGCGGAAUCUACUUUUGUCUACACGCGCCAGUUUAAGACUAUCUGUCGUGUACCUUUUUAGGGUAAAAGUGACCCUAAGACCACGGGAAUCGACCGCAUCAACUGUUGUCGUGAGUGUUUGACUAGUACGG